UCGUGUGUAACAAGUGUCCCGCUAGAAGAGCCAAGCGCGUUAUGCUUAUAUAAACGCUUUAUUGAAAGAUAUUUUGUGACGAUUCUGUUUUACUCACUUGAUUGUAAUGGAGAACACAGAAAGGACGCCCCUCCUUGGCGGCCUCUCUCCGGGCGCCUCUGGCGAUCCGCCUCGGGCCGCUCCGCCCCCCCCGCCCCCCACAGCCGCCACCGACGUUCAGUCUUUGACGCAAGAGGAAAGUCCUGCAACAGAAGGCUCUAGUUCCUUGGAUGAUCCUUUGGAAGAGACGCUGAUCGAGGACCGGAAGGAAGACUGCGUGGACGGCCUCCUGCGGCCCAAGGCGGCGACGGAGGUGGCUGUGAGGAUGAGGGACCCGGCGGCCUCGUCCUUCACCUCGAGCGACCUCGGGAUGGGCGAUGGGGGGGCGGCGCGGGCGCACUGGCAACGCUUCUGGGUUCUGCUGCUCUUCUCCGGCCUCGCGUUCUUCCAGUGUUCAAUGUGGUCCACCUGGGGUCCCCUGAGCGAGAGCGUGGAGGCCGCGUACCCCAACUGGGGGUCCUCCACAGUGGCCAUGAUGGCCAACUGGGGUACUUUGGCCACCAUGGGGUUUGUCCUCAUCAGCAGCUGGUUCCUCCACGCCUUCGGUUUGCGUGCGGGCGUGCUAACCGCUGCGGGGAUGUUAGCUCUAGGAACGGCCCUCAGGACUCUGACCGUGCAGGACGUGGCCUUCACCGUCCUGAGUCAUGUGUGCGCCGUGCUGGUAGGGCUCGCGGGCACGGUGUUCAUCUCGGCUCCUCCGAUGUUGGCCGCCGUGUGGUUUCCGCCGACAGAGAGGACGACAGCCACAGCUGUUUCGCUGGCAGCCAAUCAGCUGGGGACGGCAGGCAGCUAUCUGGAGUCUUUCUUUGUCCGGCGGCCUGGCAAGGGGGUGUCGCCGGCGAAUGUGAAGGAAGAUAUCAGGUCCCUCAUGGCCUGUGAGGCCGCGAUCGCGUUGGUCUUGUUCAUGAUGACGGUAGCGUACUUCCCUCCCGGGCCCCCCUCCCCCCCGUCCAUCACCUCGGCCCUCCCGAGACUCCGAUACAGAGAGGCUCUAAGCAGUAUCUUGAGGAAUCGCGACCUGAUGCUCCUGACCCUAGCAUUCAGCAUGUUCGCGAGUGUACCUGUGGCUUGGAUGAGCGUUCUCAACUAUUCGCUGAAGGACAUAGGAAUCGGACAGGACGAGGCCGUGUGGAUCGGUUUGGUGAGCUCGUUUUCCUCGGCCUUCUUUGGCCUCGUUUCCAGCCGUCUCACUGACCUUGUUUACGGCCACGUGCGCGCGUCGCUGCUCGUCCUGACCUUCCUCAGCUGCUCCUGCUUCUUCUGGUUCUCGCUGAUGACUUGGCACACCGUCCCGCCCGCCAGGUGGCAAGUGUACGCGAGCGUGGCGGGGGGGCUGUCCCUGAACUUCGCGAUGAGUCCGCUGUUCGUGGAGAUGGCGGUGGAGACGGCGUACCCAUGCCCCGAGGUGGUGGUGGCUGGCGCGGCGCUCACCCUCGACAACGCCGUCGCCUCCGCCUUCCUCUUCGCCUUCUUCUUCCGCCACAGCAGCUACAGUUGGGUGACGUUCUGCCUAUUGGCCUCCAGUUCGCUGUGCGCCCUGCCACUCCUGCUGGUGCGGGAAAACUACGCCAGGUCCUCCAUCGACCGUGCUGACCCGAGCCUUUCCACGCGAUUCAUGCCCGUUUCCUGACCUUUGACUUGUCUUCCGGGCCUCUCGCCGCAUUCCAGGCUCGUCUCUUGACCUCUGACCUUCUCUAUGCCUUCUGAUGUCUUCUUCUCUCAUUUCAACAUGGUUUUGUUGUUACUGUAAUUCCAUAAAGAUGAGCGUUC